AUGGCUGAACAGACAGCUUCAUCUACUCUGCCGAUCAUGGUUCAGCCGUCCGUAAGGGCGGUGGCUUCGAGUGAAGACAACUGGAAGGGCAAGACGAGCCCUGCCGAGAGGAGGAAGAUCCAGAACAGGCUGAAUCAGCGGACAUGGAGACAACGGCAGAAACUGGAAAAGCUGCGCCAAGGGACGGCCCGGGGAGCUGCAUCUGACGCCAGUUUAGAUGCAAGCACCCUGUAUCCCUCUCCCACAGACUCCGUAGCAUGCAAGGGGAGCAUUACAAACACUUCAACGGUUCCUUCGUCGUCCCCGUCCCCUUCAUCUAAGCAUAACACGGUAACAAAUGAUGCGGACUACAUAUAUACCACCGCUAUGGAGCUCUCGCGUCCCAGUACAAGAAAAGCAACAGCCAGGGGCGAGCGGGCGUGCGCUAAGCACGCUACAUUGAUGGCCUUGACGUACAUUGGGAGGCGGCGGGCGCUGCUUGACCUCAAGGAUGAGGACAUGGAAGAGCUAUACAGUCUGUUUCUCAUGAAGGCGGCGAGCUCCGGCACAGAUCCUAUGUCAGACUGGCUACUACCGCUGGUACAAUUUAAUCUUUUUCGGGGCCUCAUGGAAAACAUGAAGAUUUUGGGGAUCACGAUGCCCAUGGUUUGCGAUGAAGACUCCCUCUCUCCGUUCGGAACGGAUCCGUCAUAUAAUAGCAGUUCAUUCUGGAAUGUUCCUGUAUACUUGCGGCCAACUGAGACUCAACUGACAAUCGAGCAUCACCCAUGGCUAGACUUCCUGCCAUUACCGAGAAUGCGAGAUAACCUUAUCAAGGCAGAUGGGAAUUAUGACGAUGAGGAGCUAUGCCUUGACAUGAUCGGAGAUGGAAACGCGCCGUCUGGGAAGGGCGAGGUGAUCCUUUGGGGCGACGCCUGGGAUCCGAUGAACUGGGAGGUCACUGAGGUGUUUGUGACCAAGUGGAGAUGGGUUCUGGAGGGCUGUGAAGAGUUGAUUCGAUCCUCGAACUAUUGGAGGGCUCAAAGAGGAGAAAAUAAGAUGCGUGUAAGGAUGCAUGGCUGUAAGCCCGCCAGUUAG